AUGCACCGGGGUCUGCCCGGCGGCGCGAGGGUGACUGUGGGCCUGUCACUUCCAGCUCCAGCUGUAACCUUCGCCAAACCUUGCGCCACACCGGCCCCGCCCUCCAGGCCCGCCCCUCGCGCCGCGCUCCGCGCCAUAGGCCGGCGCAAGCCUUCCUCCCGCGCCCGCUUUCGGGGCUCCGCGCCCCCGCCCCACGUCCCCCAAAAGAGCCUCCCCGGCGCGGCGACACCUGCCCCAGGCAGGAGGCUGCUGACGGCAACCCAUUGUGCGGACUCAUCGUCCGCUGCCCACCCGGGCGCACGAGCCGCAAGCCGGGGUCCCGGCGUCCCGGGGUCUGGGCGGGGGUCCCAGGGCCCGCAGCUCACCCGCACGCCCGGGCACCACCAGGGUCUGAGGCGGCCGGGUCUUCCUCGUCUGGCUCCGGAGCCAUCAGCGGCGGCCGGGCCUCCCUCGGUCUGGCUCCAGAGCCCCCGGCGGCGGCCCGGUCUCCCUCAGGCUGGACCCGGAGCCAUCGGCGGCGGCCCGGCCUCCCUUAAGCUGGCCCCGGAGCCCCCGGCGGCCGCCCGGCCUCCCUCGGUCUGGCCCCGGAGCCCCACGGCGCCGGUCCGGUCUCCCUCAGGCUGGCCCCGAAGCCAUCGGCGGCGGCCCGGCCUCCCGCAGGCUGGCCCGGGAGCUCCACGGCGGCCAGAGGCCGGCCUGCCCAGGCCCGCGCCCACCCAGCCGAGGGGCCGCCCCGCGCCCUCCCUCCCCGCCGCCUGCCCGCGGUACCUGCCGAGGCUGCCGGGCGGCGCGGCGGCCGGCGGGGGCGCCUCUCCUCUGGCUCCGAGGGGCUGCGGGCGGCUGCCGAGCGCCGGGCGGCCCUGGCCUGCGCCUUACGUAAAGCGGCGGCGGCGGCCCCAGCGCCACUCGGCGGAGGGCGGGAGGCGGCGCGCCGGGAGCCGCUCCGCUCCGUUACCCGGCAACUGGCCUCAGCGCCCCGCCAACCAGGGGCGCGCUCCAUAUCCUUCCGCCCGGGUGCCGGGAUUACAUCAGCGCCGGCCGGGCCCCGCCCCUGCCCCUCCCUCCGGCGGAGCCGCGGGCGCGCGCGGGCUGUGGGCCACAGGCUGAGGGCGCCGGGGGACAGGCCGGCGCUGGGGCCUGGGGGGCGGGGGUCUAGGGCCCUGGGCGCGCAGUGCAGCCAGGCGGGGGCGGCGGAAGCCGCUGCGAGGUGAGAGGGCAGAGAGGAAGCGGGAGCCCACCAGUGUGGUGAGCAUCGGAGAAGAGACGCCUCCCUCGGAGGGGCACGUGGGACUGCCCUCGGCAGAAGCCCCCGACCUCCGCCGCCGCGCCCCGCCCCCGGCGCGCGAUGGGGAAGUGGGGCUGGGGAAGUGGGGCUCGGCGUGCACGGCCCCGCCCGCGGCGCGGUGCAGCCCCCGCCUUCCCGGGCACGCGCGCCACCUGUCCGCGCCCCCUCCUCGCCGCGUCCUGGGAUGGCUGGAGUAGGCGGUUUAAAAUAAAGAUUUUAAUGUUUUGUUGUUGUUGUUAAGGAACCCAGAAGACACGCUAAAGAAAUGUGACAUGGCUCUUUUUUUUUUAUUAAGUAGGCAAAACUAAAUUCUGGAAGAUUCGAAAGUGGAAACCAAAAAUGUGCUUAACCUUUUAAUCAAAGUCUCUUCACACCCACCCGCCUUCCUUAAAUGUGACUCCUAGACCUGUUCUAAAAAAGCAAAUAAGUAUCAUGGAUCUGGAAAAGGAAGGGAGAGUACUUAGAGGAAAUAGGUCCGGUAGGAGGAGUGCCUUACCUGGGGUCAUUUGUUCAUUUAUGGAGCACCCGUUAGGUGCCAGGCACUAUGCGUUUCUGUUCGGAACCUGUAGGAGAAUUUCCUGCACCAGCUCACAGGCUUGUGGGAGAAGCAGACGCUGAAACUGGAAAGAGGUCAUCUGCUGAAUCGGCUGGAUGCUCCAUGCAGGAGGGGCUGGAAGAUCAGACUGAAGACGUGCCACUUACAUACUACCUGCACAGUGUUUUUCUGCAAACAUUUCGUUUGUUCUUUAUAAGAAGCGUGGGACAAAGCUUUGCCAUCCCCAUUUAACUGGUAAGGAAGCCGAGGCUCAGAGAAAGUGGUUUCACCCAAGUCUGGCGGCUAGAGAGUGGGCAGGGCCUUCUGACCCGGCUACCCCACCUCUUGCAGGAGACACGAUGUGAACCCCGGCUCCUGGCUCUGACAUACAGGCUCGUUUCCUUUCCACUGCUGCCCGCCUUUACCGGUUUGCUGCACCAGCUCACAGGCUUGUGGGAGAAGCACAAGCAUUCUUUUUUUUUUUAUUUUAUUUUCAGCAUUCUCUCAGAAACGGCCUUGCAGUCAGACUCUAAGCUCAGACAGACUGAAGUGUGAGUCCAGCAGAGCCACGUGGCACGGCGAAGCCUUGAACAAGUUACUUCCUGUCUCCGAGCUGGCUCCAGUGUCUCUAAAACACACACAACGGGAGCACCCUCCAGCAGUGAACGCUCAUUUGUCGAUCCAUCUGCCCAUGGAUGAAGCCCCUUCCUGUGUUUGGUGAAUCCCCAUCCCUUGUGGGAUUCACCCAAGCAAGGAACGCUUCCCUCCACUGAGCCUGAAGGCCAGACCCGGACCGGACCUCGCUCCCGGCCUCUGACUUACUGUCAUCACUAUAACCACACAACCCAUUCACGAGGCUUCCUCUGCAUUGCCCAGAAGGACCCUGCAUCUGGACAAUUAGCAUGUGAAGGAGUUGGGAAUGAUGAUUUAUUUAUAGGUGUGAGCCACUGUACCCAGCUGGGAGUGAUUUUUAAAAUUAAUAUAUGGACGUAUGUUUUGGCGGCCAACAUUCAACUGACAAUACUUAAAAAUCUUCUGUGGUAGUAAAAUAGCACAACACCCA